UCGCAAAACUAAUUCAGUUAGAAAUUGUAUUAUAUACUAAAUAAGAUUAUAUUCAACUUAUAUUAAAAUUAUGGAAAAGUUCGGUAUUGUACCCGAUGUAAUUGAUGUCGUUCCAGAGCAACAACUUGAAGUCUUGUAUUCCAGUGGCGUAAAGGUGAAUCUUGGCAAUGAAUUAACUCCAACACAAGUUAAAGAUGCCCCGCAAGUGAAAUGGUCAGCUGAAAAAGAUUCAUUUUACACACUUAUCAUGACCAUUCCCGAUGACCCAAGCUUAACAGAUCCUAAACAUCGCCAGUGGCAUCAUUGGCUCGUUGUAAACAUCCCAGGCGUAGACGUUCCAAAAGGAGAAGUUCUUACUGAAUAUGUUGGAUCCGGACCACCACCAAAUGGAGGACUUUAUACAUAUGUCUUUUUGGUGUACAAACAAAAAGGUAAAUUAAAUUUUGAUGAACCGAAAUUGACUAAUAGAUCCACAGCCAGAGGUGGGUUUUGUCAUAGAAAAUUUUCAGCAAAAUAUAAUCUUGGGCAACCUAUUGGUGCUAAUUUCUUUCAAUCCCAGUAUGAUGAUUAUGUUCCAAUUCUAUACAAGCAAUUUACAUCUUAAAUUGUGUUAUUAUAAUCUUGUUUAAAAAUGAUUACUACUGUAUAAGAAAUAAUAUUUCAUUUAAUAAAGCUUUUUGAAAACUGGU